UACUUUCUCUUCAAUUUCAUAGUUUUGUUUAUCAGCUUUUUCCUGUUUCAUUGCUCAUGGCAUAUGUUCAUGUUAUCACAGCUCUUCUCUUUGCAUUAGUUUUAGUUAGAAUUGACCUAUCAGCAUGUGAAAUUCUUCAGGGUAAAGUCUCAUGUGUUGACUGCACUCAUAGCUAUGAUUUAUCUGAUAUUAAGGUCACAGUGAAAUGUGAAGGUGUUAAAAACCUAGCUAUGACAACUACAGAAGAAGAUGGCUCCUUCAAGGUUAACCUUCCCUCAGACAACACAAAAACUUCAAUGAACUGUUUGGCAAAACUUCUUGGUGGACCAAUUCAGCUUUAUGCCAAAAAGCAAAACCAAGUUUCACAAGUUAUUAAAGGAAAAGAAGAAAACAGCUACAUAAUUUCAACUCCUCUUAGUUUCUUGAUAUCAUGCCCCCAAAACACAAAUUGUAAGGCUACAAAACCUAUUGGUUCAUCCAAAACUAUUGAUCUUCCUUUGCCUCCAGAAUGGGGUUUGGCACCUAGUAGCUAUUAUGUACCUUUUGUUCCUAUCAUUGGAAUACCUUAAUUAAUCAUGUGUGUUCAAGUGGUGUAUAAUCACUUGAGUAAUAAAAAUUAUAGGGAACAAUAGACUUUUAUAUAGUCUUGUUUGUUAUGUAUAAUUAUAAAUGUAAUGAUGAAUCAUAUAUGUAGCUGUGGACAAAUGCAACAUAUAUGUAAUGAUGUAUCAUAUUGUGUGCCUAUGAACUAAUGUUAGUAUAUAUAUUCAUCUGCUUUUUCCAAGCUUCAAAGCAGAUAUAUGUUGUAUUGGUGAGGAAUA